AUGCGUGCACGAGUGAUAGGACCGGCUGGUGGUGGUGCAGUAGCCGGAGAAGCAGCAGGUGCCGGGGGCGCACCAGGCACUGGCGGGCUGGGCGACUGCCCCGACGAUGCUGGUGAAGAGGCCGGCGAGGCCGGCGAGCCUGGCGAGGUGGGCAUGGAGCCCGACGUGGUCGGCGAGUGGGCAGACGAGCCUGGCAAGGCUGGCAGGGAGCCCGGCGUGACCGGCGAGGCCGGCGGGCCAGCGAAGAACCCGGCGUGGCCGGCAUGGCCGGCGAGGCCGGAGAGCCCGGCGAGGCCGGCGAAGACUCGGACAAAGCCAGCAAAGGGGCUGUCGAGGCCAACGGUGCAGGCAUCAAAGGGAAAGAUCCCAGUGCAGCACGUCGGCGGGUAG